AUGGCAUUUAAGAGAGGCUCGCGCAUACAUGCCAACCAAAGGCCCUCAACCGACGAAGGGCACCAAAGCCAGAUGGCCUCCGCAUAUCUAUCUCGGCGAAGUUCCUGGAACUCUGUUCACGAUGACUUGAUCGAAGCCACCCAGGACAGGGAGGAGAAUCAGCGCAAUGACAUCAUAAACUGGGAGUCACAGCCUACGACUUCUCAGUCACACAGUCUCGUUUCCGACGACAAGGACACAUCUCCGAGCGCUUCAAGUAGACAUUCCGAAAACUCGGACUCGUCUGAUUACCUUGCACCUGCAUCAAAUGGCCGCCCAGUCAACUUUGGUGUAGUUUUCCCCGGUGUAUACCGAAGCAGUUAUCCAAAGCCCGAGGGUUACGACUUUUUGGGUAGUUUAGGACUCAAAACAGUCGUGACCCUGGUGAAGAAGGACGAACCGGAUCACGACCUGGAGUCAUUCUUGGCCACCAAUGGUAUUCGCCAAGUCAUCUUCAAUAUGAAGGGAACCAAAAAAGAGGCUAUUCCCAUGAGCACCAUGAGGUCUAUUCUUGAGCUCGUGUUGGAUCAAAAAAAUUACCCUCUAUUGCUCCAUUGCAAUCAUGGUAAACAUCGAACUGGCUGUGUCGUAGCUGCAAUCCGCAAACUUUCGGGUUGGCAGUUGGAUGCCGUCGUGGAUGAGUACAGGGCCUAUGCAGAACCCAAGGUCCGCGAAUGCGACGUUGACUACAUCAACGCAUUCCCUUGCGGGCCACUACAAAGCAUGUAUGACCUUCUACCUCGCAAUGGCAAAUCGUACCGACGUUUUUAA